AUGGAAUCUAAGGAAGUUACUUCAGCAUCCGUAAUCAACCAUUCGACAAGUAUCACCAAUAAUUUGAAUCCUAAUUCAAGUGAUAGUCAUUUUGUCAUAGCAAAUUGCCGCAGAAAUAGUGAGACAAAUACAAUCGGCCAACAAGAAACUAGUGAAGAAAGUGAAAUAGAGGAGAGGGUGCUGGUGGCAUACUGCCGGUCUGGGCGGCUGGGUGCGGCCUACUGCACCCUACAAACUGGCGAGCUUCGUCUCUUCUCUCGCUUUCUCCCUCAUUUAAAUGAUGGUUUAGGUGAUAGAAAAGGAAAUAGUGGUGCCAGACGAUAUUUUACCAUUAGGCUACUAAGCACCCCGGUUCUUAUAUUUCCUCUUACUUCUUCAUAUUUCCAUCAGCUGUAUAUCCUUGAAGAGAUAGUAGACCGCCCGCCGGAGUACCAGAUGUUCGCCAGCCUGUACCGCCAGGUAGAGCCUGUGUGCUUGCUACUGGAUGGUAAGAACCAGGGCGCCUUCGUGCAAGUCGUCAAGAGAACGGUCUUUGAUGCCGAUGCUAAUGAUGAGGGGAGGUGUAAGCUCGUGUUCUUGUCCUCGAAGGAGUACAAAUUUGAUUCUAAAUAUUUUUCCCCUCCUCCUUUGAAAUUUAAUCAAGGUUUUGAAGGCUGCAAGAGACGCAUCUCAUCCCUCUCGCUUCCCACCGAGCCGGCCAACGCUUCGGAUGAAGAGCGGAGUCUGUACCUCCGCACUAUCCUAGAUUUCUCGCAAAUGCAGAGUAUACACGCACUGGGCGCGUUGCUCAGGUACCUGGACCUCAACUGGGCCAAACUGAGCAUGGACUUGCAUGGAAAGCCGGAGUUUCUCAGUCUGCGGCAUAUUUCACUGGUAGUUUCGAAACCCGAUGACAAUUUCUUAGCCCGUGUCCCCCUCCCCAGCGCGGACAUGAUGUCAGUGGACGGCGACACAUACCUCGGCCUGCAGGUGUUCGCGGCGCAGGCGCACCCCGCCGCCUGCCGCCGCGGCGCGCGCGGCUCCUCGCGGGAGGGACUCAGCCUGUUCCAGCUCUUCAGCAGGACCACCAGCUCCAAGAUCGGACACAGCCGGAUGAGAGUCCUCCUACAACACCCGACCACAGACUUGGCAACCCUGAAACGUCGACAGGACGUUAUAGACUUCUUCAUGAAGCCGCAGAACGAAGGGCUCAUGAGGAACAUCUGCUCGGCCAUGAGAUACAUCAAAAAUGUGCAUACUUUAUACAAUGCCGUGCUAAUCUGCGAAAUGUGCGAGAGUGCGGGCAAAGCCAGCGAAUUCCUGGAACAGCUGGCCUCCUUCGACAACACCAAGCUUUACGAGAUGGCGUUAUACAUGAAUAGAAUAAUAGACUUCGAUCUGUCCAAAACGGAAGGCAAGUUCACGGUGAAGCCCGGCGUCGACCCUGAACUCGACAUGAAAGUAGAGAAGCAGACGAUGGCGAGCCUCCCCGGCCUGAUGUCGGCCACGGCGCGCGUGGAGCUCGCGCGCCUGCCGCCGCACGUGCGCGAGUGCAGCAUGCUGUACAUGCCGCAUCUGGGCUACCUGCUGGCCGUGCGCCUGUGGGCCCGCGACCUCCGCGCGGAAGACAAGGAACUGCCCGACAUGAAGUUCAUGUUUCAAAACAAUGACUACAUUCACUACAAAAGCAAAGGAUGUGAAGAGCUUGACGUGGUGGUGGGCGACACGUACCCCGAGAUAGUGGCGCAUGAGACCCGCCUCAUGCUGCGGCUGACGGCCCUGCUGCUGCAGCAGCUGCACACGCUGGCAGACCUCGUGGGGCUGUGCGCGGACCUGGACUGGUCAGAUAACAUUUUAUCUUAUUUUUAUUUUGACUUUAGCCUAAUCGCAAUAUCGAAGGUCUGUAAGGAAUUGAACUUCGUGCGUCCAACGUUAACGACAGAGAAGAUAAUAAGCAUAAAGCAAGGCAAGCACCCGCUGUACAUGCUGACCUGCGAUAGCUUUGUGCCCAACGACCUGGAGUCCAGCGAGCAGGCCGGCUGCGUCAAGAUCCUCACCGGGCCCAACUCCAGCGGAAAAUCUGUUUAUAUGAAGCAAGUUGGUCUGAUAGUGUACCUGGCGCAGCUGGGCAGCUUCGUGCCGGCGGCGGCGGCGCGGCUGGGCGUGCUGCGGCAGCUGCACUCGCGGGUACAGAGCCGCGAGUGUGUGGCCGCGCACAUGUCCGCCUUCCUCAUAGACCUGCGACAGAUGGCGCUAGCCCUGCAGGAGUCGUCGUCCAACUCCCUGCUGAUCGUGGACGAGUUCGGCAAGGGCACGUCGUUCUCGGACGGGCUGUCGCUGCUGGCGGCCUGCCUCAACACGCUGCUGUUCCGCGGCGCCGCCUGCCCGCACGUGCUGCUCGCUACACACUACUUGAACAUACACGACUAUAUCGUGCAUACUCCUAUUGUUCGGUUUAUGGUAAGUGUGGGUUACUACGUACUACUUUUACGGAUCUUAUCGUGGUUUCAUUUUAGAUUUAGUUCCCGAUGUUCCGACACCUUUGCAGGUAUCAUGGUCACGGGCAGACUGAGAUGGCGUUCGUUUUGACAGAUGUUGUUCGUGCUAUUUCGAAA